CAUUCUCAAUGUACCUUCACUAGUAUGUGCCUAUAUAUAUGUACAUAGCACUUCAUUGGCCUUUCCUCAAUUCACUAGCUACAUCCUCUUUAUAACUCUUAAUUUGAAGAUGAUUUUUCAUUACAUUUUCAACUUACUUUCUAGUGAUUGAGUUGAUGAAACAUGGAGCUAAAUUGACUAGUGUUCAUGCUCUCUCAAUGCAAUAUUAUACAAUUCAAUGUCCGUUAGCCGAGAUGUUUGUCAAGAACACUGUGAAUCAAGCUCUGCAAAAUGACCCGACUCUCGCGGCCGGUCUUCUUCGUAUGCAUUUUCAUGACUGUUUCGUCGAGGGAUGUGAUGGCUCGGUAUUGAUUGAUUCGACUAAAAAUAACACCGCGGAGAAAGAUUCUCCGGCGAAUUUGAGUUUGAGAGGAUAUGAAGUUAUUGAUAAAGCAAAGGAAUUGAUUGAGAAUCAAUGCCCAGGUGUUGUUUCAUGUGCUGAUAUUGUUGCAAUGGCUGCUAGAGAUGCUGUGUUUUGGGCUGGAGGACCAGUUUAUGAUAUACCAAUGGGAAGAAAAGAUGGAAGAAGAUCAAGAAUUGAAGACACAAUAAACUUGCCUGCACCAAUCUUGAAUGCAACAUCUCUAAUCAAAAUGUUUUCUAAGCAUGGUUUCACUGUUCAAGACUUGGUUGCCUUAUCUGGAGCUCACACACUAGGGGUGGCAAGAUGCUCAUCAUUUAAAAACAGACUAAGUAAUUUCGAUGCCAAGCACAAUAUUGAUCCAUCAAUGAACUCUCGUAUGGCGACGGCAUUGAUAAAGCAAUGCCAGAACGGAGACGAUGUUACUGUGGCAUUGGAUCAGACAAAGAACUCUUUCGACAAUGCGUAUUUCGACGCGGUCGAGUCAUCGACCGGAUUGCUUACUUCUGAUCAAACAUUGUACAUGAACCCUCAGACCAAAGGUUGGAUUGAUGCUUAUGCCAUGAACCAGGCCAGGUUCUUCUUGGACUUCCAAAGUGCCAUGGUUAAAAUGGGGCUCAUUGAUGUUAAGGAGGGGAAUGAUGGUGAAAUAAGGCUCAAUUGCCGUGUUGUUAAUUAAUUAAUUCAUUCAUGAACUUUGAUGAACUUGAAUAUAUGGAUGCAUGAAUUGUAUAAUUGAUGUUCAUGUUGUUGUUGUUGUAAUAAGUCUUAAGUCCAUGUUGAAUGUUGAUGUAGUUUUGUUUGUAAGGAUUGGACUAAAUAUGAACUAGAAGUUUGAUUGUGAA